GAGGGCAGCGGGGCUGGGCUGGCGGCGGGCGCUGCUCGUGCGUGUCUCACCUCCCGCCCCGCUCUCUCCUGUCCCGCAGCCCCGGCGGCCAGGACCGCGCCGCAGAUGAAGUGCGAGAACUGCACCAAAAAGGAAUGCAGUAAAAAACAGAAAAAUGAUGAUACACAAAGUACGUCUGCCGAUGCACUGAGUUCAAAUGAUGGCUCUGAAGAGAAAAAUGAGUUUGAUACAUUGGCUAAUGCUAAAAUACUCCUUAGCGACUGCCUAGCUUGUGACAGUUGCAUGACAUUGGAAGAAGGAGCCAGAGUUUUCCAGCAGAAUCAGAAGGAGUUCUUUCGUGUUCUCAACCUUAAUAAGAAAUGUGAUACCUCAAAACACAAAGUGUUGGCAGUGUCUCUAUGCCCUCAGUCAUUGCCUUAUUUUGCUGCUAAAUUCAACCUCUCUGUGAAUGAAGCAGCCAAGAGACUCUGUGGUUUCCUCAAAAGCCUUGGGGUGCAUUAUGUGUUUGACACCACUAUAGCUGCAGAUUUCAGUAUCCUGGAGAGCCAGAGGGAAUUUGUGCAGCGGUACCAACGGAGGAACCAGGAGGAACAUGCCUUACCAAUGUUUGCCUCUGCUUGCCCUGGUUGGAUCCGGUACGCUGAAAGGGUCCUCACCAACCUGGUGACCCCUCACAUUUGCACUGCAAAGUCUCCACAGCAGAUCAUGGGCUCCCUAGUGAAGGGCUACUUUGCCAGGCAGCAGAAUUUGUCUCCUGAUAAAAUUUUCCAUGUAGUCGUGGCACCUUGUUAUGACAAAAAGCUGGAAGCCUUGAGGGAAGAUUUCUACACUGCCUUGUAUAAUUCACCAGAAGUUGAUUGUGUCCUGACAUCAGGUGAAAUUCUCCAAAUAAUGGAACAGAAAAAUGUGUCUAUGAAAGAUGUGACUGAAGUAGCUGUAGAUAGUUUGUUUGAUGACCUAAAGGAGGGGGAUGUAGUAAGGCAUGAUGGGAAGAGAUCUGAUGGUUACCUGGAGCACAUUUUUAAACAUGCUGCAAAGGAGCUUUUUGGUGUGGAUGUCAAGGAGAUAACCUACAAAGCAUUAAAGAACAAGGACUUUCAAGAAGUUACCCUUGAAAAGGAUGGGGAGACAGUGCUGCGUUUUGCAGCAGCUUAUGGCUUUAGAAAUAUCCAAAACAUGGUCCUGAAGUUGAAAAAAGGAAAGUUUUUGUACCAUUUUGUAGAAGUCCUUGCCUGCCCAGGAGGGUGCCUCAAUGGAAAGGGCCAGGCCCAGAGUGAGGAUGGCAAACCAGACAGAGCCCUGCUUGCCCAGAUGGAAGAGGUGUACACUGCGAUUCCUGUCCGGCUGCCAGAAACCAACGUGCACGUGCAGAGGAUGUACCAGGACUGGCUGGAGGGCAUGGACUCCAAGAAGGUCCAGGACACUUUGCACACCACCUACAGUGCAGUCAGUCAAAGCACGAGCAGUUUGGAUAUCAAGUGGUAACAGCUGCAGGUGCAGAGCUGUGCUGAGGCUGCAGGGCUGCACUGCACCCCUCCAUGCUCCCCUCCAUGCACCACCAGGGUGUGAGUGAGGCUCUGCCCAGCUCAGGAUUGUUCUUGGGAAGAACUUUUGCUUUGCAAAACCAGAGAAGUCUCCAAAAGCCCUGAUUCCUGCCACUGUCAUUUAACUUUUACUGUUUGUCAUUUCCUGCCUACAAUGGAUUUCUUCAUUCUAAAGCCUGAUCUUGCAAGGUACAUGAGCCCUUUCUGCCAGGCACAGGGAUUGUAAUUCCUGAUCCAGUUAGUCCCUGGAGUGAAGGGUUCACUGCACAAAAUGGGCUCCUCCAAGAGGGUGAGACGAUUUUACUUCUAGGUCUGCAGUCCCUAUCAUCACAGGAAAACAGCAGGAAUUUCAGUAUUGAUGCAGUUGCUGUGAAGUAACUUGGGAUUUACUUACCUUGUUAAGGAAAAGGCCCUUUAAAGGACAAGUGAGUAUAUGGAGAGAUGUAAUGAAUUUCUAUAAUCCUUUUAUCCAUUUUUCAGCAAAAAAUACUCAGUUCCAAACUAGCCCCCAUUUCUUACUGAUGUAGUGUCACAGAAUGCUUCACAGAAUCUGAAUCUGGGAAGCCAAUGCUAAAUGGUUCAUUUAAAAUAGUUCCAAUAGGUUGGUUGGUACAAAAAGAGAACUUUCUUUCCAUGUAAGUUUUCUGCCAGGAGGACUGGGGCUCCUUGCUUUGGCUUCUCUCUGAGAAUGGAACCUGCCCAAAUUGGUCUUUCAUUUGUCUCCAUGUUGAAAGACUUCUGCAAAAAAUAACUUCCUGGGGUGCCUCUGAUGAAAAAUACUGAGCAAUGCUUGUGAGCUCAUAAGAGUUAGGAUACAUUGGCAUUGUAAAUUUUGAUGCACUUAUUUUAUAAAUGUGCUAUAUAGGUUCAUUUAACAGACAUUGUGAAGUAGUACUGCCAUGCAGCUUGUCUGCAACUUCCCAGUUGUCAGAGUUAUUCAAGGAUGUGAUGGACAAAAGAAAUUAAGACUCCUGCCAAACUUCUUCAGAUUUUCCUGGUAGUAUCAGAUCUGUUCAAGAUUAAUGGCUGUUUGAAGCUAGUAGUUUUACCCUUCCUUACACAGCCUGAAAGUGUGGAUGGGCUUUUUUAACUAUUUCAUGCAGUUUGAAUGAAUCUUCUUACAAAUUUCUUCAUUAUUACAACUGCUUGUGUGAGUAAGAAAUCCUGCAAAAACCUGUGAGUGUUUAAAAUGCACAUUUAACCUGGACACAGUGGAAUGGUAUGAAGCAUCAGGGAAGGCAGGGCAAGACCUGGCAUUGGCUAGACCAGGGAGGCUGAAAAGGAGAGAGACAGUGAAGUGUCACCCUACUGAGAAGAAAUACCUCUCUUAAUGUGAAGCUGUUAAAAAUUGCAGCUUUCCAGUGGACUUCCACCAAACCACUGCACUUGGAGGGAGGUUUUCUUUGAAGUGCAAGCAAAUUUCAUUUACUGCAUUACCUGAAUGCCCACAAUGAGAUUAUGCCCAUGAAUUAUAUAAAUUAGCCUUUACAAGUUGUUCCUUGUGAUAAGAAUGAUCCUUAAUGUGGUGCAAUAUCAGAACAUGGACAGAAAUCUACCUCUGUACAGGAAGGAGUCCAGGAGUCCUGGGAAGAGCUGUGUGUAGCUGGAACUGGAAUAGAUGUCUGCUAGAGCAAGGUGGGAGUGUUGUGUGACAUUUCAGAACAGAUUACUUUCAGAAGCAACAUACACCUCCUUUGGUCUGAUUAUCUGCCAUAAUUUUCUCCAGAAACUCCACCACAAUUCUGAUGUAAUAAAGUGCUCCUGUUCUGUUUGUACAGGCCUGUUUCUCUGUAUAUAUGGUUUGUAGCCGGAUGCAUGUUUAAAUUAUAUCACUGCUGUUCUUUGUACAGUCUGCUUAUUUUUUUAUUUGUGUAUACUGGGUGAAAUGGUACAAAACCAGUUUGCUUUUCUGAGGAAAUCUUCAGUAAACUACACAGGAGCUGCCUUGCUGUUCUGAAAGCAGAGCCCUGAACAGUUUGUACACGGUGCUGGAUCCUCCCCAGGGCUGGGUGGCACUUUGGCCAGUGCUUGCUGCUGCACUGAGGGGCCUCACUCCCUGUGCUGCUGGGGGAGCCCAGGAAUGGGCUGGGCAGGGGGGAAACCACUCUGCUCUGCUCCCACUGCAAGAGAAAGCAGGGGCUCAGUGUCUAAAAUAACCUGUUUCAGCUGGAUGCACCAUUUCUUCCAUCUGCUCAAGGGUUUGAACCUGUUGAGGUAAUCAGAGUGCAGAGCUGUUGAUGAUUUGUCUGCUUUUUUAAAGACAAGGCAUCUAACUGAGCCUGUAGUGGCUAUACAGAAUGUAUUAUCAAUAGUGACCUAAGUAAAUGAGACGUCUCUUUUUUUUUUUUUUUUUUUUGGAGUAAAAUGUUUUAGUUUUUUAAAGGCCUUUUCUUUAAAGUGCCAGUUGAAAUGGAAAGAAAAGUUCUAUGCUGUAAAUCUUUCUCCCUUCACCUGCUUUCAUUGAAAUUUUAACAUAUAUCAGAAAACCUUGUUGCAGCUUCAUCUAUAGUGAAAUACUUGUCUAAGAUUCUGGCUUUUAAAGCCCAUUAAUGUUGACAAUACAUGUUUGUAGCCAAACUUCUGAAAUUACAGCACUAUUUAAUUACCUGACUGGAUUCCCUGAUUGCCUAAUAAUUUUUAUUGCUGCUGCCUUUUCAGCAACAGGAAAAGCUCCUGAUGGCCACAGCCACAGUGAUUUUCCUCUCCCUUGAAUGUUGUGCUAAGACAAGAGGAUUUUUUAAAAAAAUAUAAACUGGAGGGAUUGUGGGAAAGGAAUUGGACAUAAUAAAUUAAUUAAUAAAAUUGAGGUGUUCUUGACUUGAGCAUGUCAGGUGCUGGAUUCUUGGGGUUAUGGUACUUUGCUCUGAGACUGCUCCAGCGUGUUGUGAAGUCCCUUUGCCUGGUGCAGGAGCUUUCCCUCAGCCACAGCACCUGUGUGUGUCCCCUGGGAAUAAGGACCUGGCAGCCCUGGGCUGUGCUGUCCCCCCAGAGCAAUGCAGAUCUCCAAACACAGCAGUCUCAGCUGGAUUAUACCUGGAUGAUGUUCACUUACCCCAAUUUUGGUGCUUCGUUUUCAAUUGCAGCAUGACCAUGAAUUGUGAAUAAAUCUCAGUACUCAAUUCUGUGCUGCUUCUGUCUCAUUCCAUGUCAAAGUUUAAGUACACCUGAUUUCACCCAGGGGCUUGUCUGGGGCACAGCUGUGGCACCAAUACUGGAUCAGGACUUCUGGAUUACAGCUCUGCACCUCAACCUCUGCUAAAGGGAAGGAGGAAGGUGCCAGAUUGCUGUAGGAAAUGGUAAUUUGCUCUCUAGAAUUGUCAAUUAAUAUAUUGAUUCCUUGCAAGGCAGACAAGGCCCUGUGGCUUUAAAGCUCUGGUGCUGGGGAGAAUGAUGGUGCCUGAAGCCAGCCUGUGAGAGUGAACAGAGUAACCUAAACACUGGUGCAGGGGAAAGAUCUCUGUGUGUGACCUGAUCCAACAGCAGAGGAAAGGAUGAAAAUCAGCCCUGACAUAGAUAAGGGAUUUUUUUCAUUAGUAGGUUGUGUGAAAAUUUAGUGAAUUGAGCAAGCAUUUCCAUAUGUUCUCUUGAGCAGUUGGGACCUGGAUUUCUACUAAAUAAUAAAUCGAUUUGAAGGUG